AUGACGCUGCUCAGGCUUCAUCUUCCUUGGGACGACACAGGGAGAGUGAACGUCCCCAAAACCCGCAGAACGUACUGCAAGAAAUGCUGCAAGCACCAGCCCCACAAAGUGACCCAGUACAAGAAGGGCAAGGACUCCCUCUACGCUCAGGGAAAGAGGCGAUAUGAUCGGAAGCAGAGUGGUUAUGGUGGUCAGACAAAGCCUAUCUUCCGUAAAAAGGCCAAGACCACGAAGAAGAUUGUGCUGAGGCUUGAGUGUGUGGAGCCCAACUGCAGGUCCAAGAGAAUGCUGGCCAUUAAGAGGUGCAAGCACUUUGAGCUGGGAGGAGACAAGAAGAGAAAGGGCCAGGUGAUCCAGUUCUAAACUCCAUCUUGUUCAUUUUCUGGAACCCAUUAAAGUAUCUGGAAAGGA